UCCAAACAUUUCCAUCUUCAAAAUAAUUAACUAGCAGGCAAAUUGACAGAUAUUUUUUAUACGGGGAGAGAAUUUAUAAUCGGCGAAAAUCCAUUGAUUAAAGAUAGUGACACAUUAUAAAAACAUCACGAAAAAAUUCUCUAAAUAAUAAUGACUCCUAAAUUGGAUAACGUUAUGAUGAAACCCAAAGGACAAGCCUUUAAAGAUAAAUCCAAACCGGCAGAUGUUCGUUUAUCCAAUAUUCAAGCAGCCAAAGCUGUUUCGGAUGCGAUUCGAACAAGUUUGGGUCCCCGUGGCAUGGAUAAAAUGAUCCAAGCCAGUAAUGGCGAAGUUUCGAUUACCAAUGACGGCGCAACCAUUUUAAAGCAAAUGAAUGUUAUCCAUCCUGCUGCCAAAAUGUUAGUUGAAUUAUCGCGUGCCCAAGAUGUAGAGGCCGGGGACGGCACAACUUCUGUUGUAGUCAUAGCCGGUGCUCUGCUAGAAGCUAGUGAGAAACUUUUACAGAAAGGAAUUCAUCCUACAGCCAUCUCCGAUUCAUUUCAGCGAUGUGCUUUAAAGGCUAUUGAGAUAUUGAAUGAGAUGUCGACGCCUAUAGAACUGAGCGAUCGUGAAACAUUAAUAAAAAGUGCCUCGACGUCACUUAAUUCAAAAGUCGUCUCACAACAGAGCAGUUUAUUGGCACCCAUUGCUGUCGAUGCGGUAUUGAAAGUUACCGAACCAGGUAAAGAGAAAGCCGUGGACCUUAAAAAUAUCAAAGUCAUUCAAAGUUUGGGAGGUACGGUAGAAGACACAGAACUAAUAGAUGGUUUAGUCUUUACUUCACGUUCAGCUGGCACAAAUGCUCCAAAACGCAUUGAGAAGGCUAAAAUCGGUUUAAUUCAAUUUUGCAUAUCGGCACCGAAAACUGAUAUGGAUCACACAGUCAUUGUCUCGGAUUACGCCGCUAUGGAUAGAGUGUUAAAAGAGGAGCGCGCUUACAUACUGAAUAUAGUUAAACAAAUUAAAAAGGCUGGCUGUAAUGUGUUGUUAGUGCAGAAGUCCAUUUUACGUGACGCUGUUUCGGAUUUGGCCCAACAUUUUUUGGAUAAAAUAAAGUGCAUGGUAGUCAAAGAUGUGGAGCGCGAUGAUAUUGAAUUCGUUUGUAAGACUUUGAAUUGUCGUCCAAUUGCUUCAUUGGAUCAUUUUGUCGCCGAAAAUUUGGUUAAUGCCGAGUUGGUGGAGGAAUUCAGCACCGGGGCAAAUAAAUUUGUUAAAAUCACUGGUAUACAAAAUCCUGGCCGCACUGUUUCAAUUAUCUGCCGGGGCUCGAAUAAACUUGUCCUGGAAGAGGCAGCGCGUUCUUUGCAUGACGCCUUGUGCGUGGUGCGUUGUUUGGUAAAGCAGAAGGCUCAGAUUGUCGGCGGCGGAGCACCAGAAAUUGAAAUGGCUUUACAAUUAGCUUCUUACGCCGUUGAAGGUGUAGAUGCAUACUGCUUCAGGGCUUUUGCCGACGCCCUUGAAGUUAUACCGUGUACAUUGGCCGAGAAUGCUGGCCUUAAUCCUAUUUCCACUGUGACGGAAUUGAGAAAUCGCCAUGCUCAAGGUGAGAAGUCCGCUGGCAUUAAUGUACGCAAAGGGGCUAUUACCGACAUAUUUGCCGAGAAUGUUGUUCAACCAGCUUUGGUUAGUACUUCGGCCAUAUCCUUGGCUACAGAAACUGUACGCUCGAUUUUGAAAAUCGACGACAUCGUCAACACCGUUUCUUAGAGCGAUAAUGAAAAAUUCAUCAAUUGAAAAUUCAUGUUACUUGUAUUUCAUUGAACUCUUAUUUCAUAAAAAUUGUAAUCGUUUGUGACGUCUGAGCCUAAUGAUCAAUAAUUCUCUAAAUUUCACCCAUCGCUGUCACCUUAACGAAAAUUUAAAGGAACUAAAUAAAUGCAUUUGCAAUUUAAAACAUUU